AUGUCCGCUCCCCGACUCUCGAGGACCGCCUCAGCCCAUCCCAAAAAUGUCGUGACAAGGGCCGCCGCCCGCCGGUCGAGGUCCUUUCUUGCAGGCUUCCUCCCCACCGCGUCGCAAGCAACAUCGGCACCAGCUCCAGUGCCCCCCUCCAGCACCUCAAAGUCUCUUACCACACUCCAAGAAGCCAACACUCGGAACCUGCCAGAAGUAUGGUUCAACCCGACCUUCCCCUAUGCAAACACCACGCCACCUCUGGGCCAAGGACCCAGCAAACCACCAGAUGAUCGCAAAGCAAAGUUAGGCAAAACUCUGCGCAUCCUCCAAGAACGACUCCCGACGCUCCUCCAGUCUCCCCUCCCACAAGAGAUACUCGCGCCCAACAUCUCCCUGCACCUCUUUCCGUCAACCCACCCACACCUCCCCACCGUGUCCGGUCGCGUGGCCUACAUUGCCGCCUUGUGGACGGCACCCGUGGCGUGGAACCGCCUGCCCAUCAUCGGCGACGUCGAGCUCGAGAUAAUGUCAGAGCGCAUGGUGAAGCAGCCAGGGACACGGCAGGGCGCCGUCAGCGAGAAGCUGGUGGUGAGGUGGAGGACGACGGGCAAGGGGAUCGGGUGGAGGCUGCCCUUCCGCGACAUGCUACGGCUGGGCGGCGAGCAGGCGGUCAAGGAGUUCUGGGGCCUAUUUAUCUUCGAGUUCGACAGCGAAGGCAGGGUGCUAAGUCAUACGAUCGAGCACGUCCAGUCUGGAGGGGACUGGGACCGGGGCAUCGGGGCAAAAUUUGUCGGCCUGACUGACUGGCUCCUUGGAGGCAUGAGAGGGAGGGAGGGGUGUCCUGCCUUUGAGAUACAUCAGGAGCAGCGUCCGCAACGGCGCAGAUGA